AUGAACGACGCCAUGGAUGUACCACCGCUCCUUGGAGCAACCAACUACAGCGAAUGGCAUGAAUGCCUGAAGCUACACAUGCUCGGUCAAGGACUCUGGGACAUCGUCACUAAAGGAAACGCCCAACCGGAUGGUGAAGACGGCAUCGACGAAGUGGCCAAGGAGAAGGAUCAAUGCGCUCUCGACAUACUCAACCAGACGAUUGAUCAAAGCUUGGUUCUACUUAAACCAGACCACCUGACCACCGCAAAGGAACUCUACGACUACCUCAAAGUCGAGUACGAACACCGCGAGUCGACCACGCAGUCGCUUUCGUAUGCGAACUUGAUCCAGCUCCGCUACGGUGGAGAGGGCCUGCAGAAGUUUACGCGGAAGUACCUCGCAGCGCUCAGCAACUGCCGCAAAGCCGGUCUCAUUCUCGACGAGAAGAUCCAGGUCUACCAUCUGCUUGCUCUCCUCGAUCGCGACUUUGCCGAUUUCACAACGGCGAGGCGCGAGGAGAUGUACCGCGACAAUGUCAAGCUGGAAUGGCUCAUCAACGAGAUCAUUGUGCAAACCAAGAAGGAGGAAACCAACUACUCACGCCCGUACCGUGGUUUGCCACAAGAGCUCAGAGACAUGAUCUUCAAGUUCGCUCUUUGUCCGCCAGAGGGUGUCACGAUCAAGGAAGAGGAAAAGAAAGAGGGCGAGGAUUCUUCAUUGGAGAAGUUUAGAAGCACUCAGUCCUUUCCAGUCACGCUGCUUCGAACGGACAGCCAGACCUACGACGUCGCCAAGAAGAUCUUCUACGGCAAGAACUCCUUCACCAUGGACAUGGAGUCGAAGCCGGCCAUGAGCUUCUUCAUGAUGCUGCCCAAGGGCGUCCGCAACCAGAUCAGAACACUCAGGUUCCAAAACAGCGUCUUCGGCCAGCAGUUCUACUACAACGCGGUCCCCGACAACCUCCUGGGCCACUUCAUCACGGAACACAUGAAGGCGGAGAGCGUCACCGCGUUCAUAGAGCACGACUGCUACCACGAGGAAAUCAACACCGACACCCGCAAGUGCUUGCCGUUCGCAUGCCUGAACGCCAUCGCCAAGGGCGAGCACCUCAAGGAGGUGCGUCUCGUGUACUCGCGUACCUACAGCGAGGACAUCAGCGUCUACUCGGGUUUCCUGCGCAUCGAGGUGUCCGGCGAGCAGCUCUUGCCUCCCUUGAUCCGCUACAGACACGAAGGCCUCUGGUACAGGCACUCUCGCAUGAGUAUGGAAGAGAAGAUGGCCGCGGUCGCUGCCAAUGAGAAGACUUACCGCAAGGCCUGGAACGAUUUCGGCCUCUCUGUCGAAAGGGACCCCAAGCGUUGCUGGGGCGAGGAAGGCACCGUCUUGGUUAUUCGCCGCCUGAAGACAGCCCGCAACGGACAGCACUCUUCGAGCUCCAGUCCUCGGGUUCGUUGA